UUCUACAUGGGAGAAAAAAAAAACCCAGAAAAAUCAGAGAAAUUCAGCAGUUCGGAUGACGAUGAUGACGAUCUCCUGCUUCGUCUGCCUCGAUAUGAGCAAAACCCAUUAAUUUUGUCAUCGUCUCCUUCCUGAUCGAGCUCGCUUCUUUGUUAACCUCUCCUGGUUUGUCUCCUACGUCUUCGUUUUCUCGCGCUUCCCUGGAUUCUUCUUCGGGCUUUUUAUCUACUGGGUUUUUCUUUUGGUUGUCGGUCCCUUCGAUGGUGGGAGGCUAUGGCGACGCAGCAGCAGAACCAGACCCUCUCGGCUUCCCCUUCUCCGGCUGCUGACGAGACCCCCCAAGUUUCAGAGGGCAUGACAGCCACCACAAAUGAGGUUCAGCAAGUUGCUGCACCGGAAGCUGUGAAGCAGAGUGCUCCAAAGUCUGUGUUUGUAAAUUCAGAACCGAUACGGGAGGAUCAAGUUCAGAAUGCCAUCAAAUUCCUUAGUCACCCGAGAGUUAGGGGUUCUCCCGUAAUACAUAGAAGAUCUUUUCUCGAGAGGAAAGGCCUCACAAAGGAAGAGAUAGAUGAAGCUUUCCGCCGUGUUCCUGAUCCACCGCCGAGUUCACAGACAACUAGUAAUACUCAAGACAGCCAGCAGGUGGUACCGAAUGUUCAGUCACAUGGGCAGACCCAAACACUGCAGCCAGUGGUAGCUGCACCUGUCGUUAUGACUCCACCACCGGGAAUUCUCUCCAGGUUUCACUGGUACCACGGUGUUAUUGCUGUGGGAUUACUAGCAGCUUCAGGUGCUGGGACAGCUGUUUUGGUAAAGAAUUCUAUAAUCCCCAGGUUGAAAUCAUGGGUCCGCAGAAUUGUGGUGGAAGAAGACUCAGACCCUUCAAAGAGAGAAGUUGCAAAACCUAGUUUAGCCGAAGAAGCUGCUGCCGCUGCAAAAGCUGCCGCUGCUGCCGCUGCUGAUGUAGCUAGGGCAAGUCAGGAAAUGAUGAGAACUAGAACUGAAGAGAAAAGAAAUUUCGAGGAAUUCAUGCACCUAUUAGACACACAAGUACAGGAAAUGAAGUCAUUGAGCAGUAGCAUUCGAAAGCUGGAAGGGCAAACCUAUAACAGACCUCGGACAUAUCAAGCGGACCAAGAGGAUUAUGGAGGUUCUGUCACAAGCACAAGGAGACCAUAUCCAAAUGGGACCGCAGAUUAUGACAACUGCUCAGCAAGAUCUGCAUCUCCACCUGCCCCGGUGGAAUCAUCUGUGCCUCAUCCAAAUUCAUACAUGGAGAUAAUGGCUAUGAUCCAGAGAGGAGAGAAGCCUUCUAAUAUUCGGGAUAUUAACGAUAUGCCACCGAAUCCAAACCAGCAGCCAUCGAAUCCUCGUAUUGCUUCAAGAGCUAAGCCAUGGGAUUCUGCUCAAGUUCAGGACGAGAGUUUCAACUCGGACCCCUCAACUAAAUGGCUGCAGCCCAAAAACCCGAGAACUGUGGCGACCGCGACCGAGACCAGCUCCUUUGGUAGUCAUGAAAGCGAAACAAGUGCAAAGGAGCAGCCACUUGUUCAGAAGCGGACGUGGGUUCCUCCCCAGCCACCUCCAGUGGCUAUGCUGGAAGCAGCUGAAGCUAUUCGCCGGCCAAAGCCACAGGCUCGGGUAGACCAAGAUGAAGGUCAUGACCUGACAAGAAGUGGUUCCUCUGGUGUGACCGAUGAGUUGCAGAAGAUCACAAAUGUCUCUGAAUCUGGUGAUGAAGGUUCAGGGAUGCAGAUCAACGAGAUUCAAGAAGAACAAGAGCAGCAAUAAUUCGGACAAGACGGGAACUGAAGUGAAGGCAGUUUCAGAGGUUGAGGAUUCACUCAUGAUCAGCUUGAAUUUGUAUUUUUGCUGUAUGGGGUGGAGAAUAUGUGAGAUUCUUGGUAGGAACAUGUAUUUGCACGUGAUAAUCUGUCGGAUUCUUUAUACUAUAUAUAGCCGUCAUAGUUUCAUAUAACAUGUAA